AUGGCCGAAGAGCAGAAUCCUGAGAUACCUCCACUCGAGGCCGAUGACAAUCCCGAUAACGUGACGGUUGAUGAUGGCGACUCAGCCCUCGGCGCGGAUGGCGCGAGUGACACCACUUCUCUGCGAUCUAGCAUUUUGAGGUAUCGCGAGGAGAAUGGCCGGACAUAUCAUGCAUACAAGGACGGUGUUUACGUCUUCCCAAACGACGAGGUCUUGAUGCAGACUGAGAACGAGCGACUAGAUAUUCAACAUCACUUGUUCGCCCUCACAUUUGAAGGGAGACUACAUGCUGCUCCCUUGACUCAGCCGCUCCGUCGGGCGUUGGAUGCCGGUUGUGGCACAGGGAUCUGGGCUAUUGACUUUGCGGACGAGCAUCCCGAGUGCGAAGUUACUGGCGUCGAUCUAAGUCCCAUCCAGCCAUCGGCCGUCCCACCCAAUGUCUCCUUUUUUGUUGACGAUCUUGAAGACGUCUGGGAUUACUCGACCAAGUUUGACUUUAUCUUUUCGCGCUUCCUCACGGGGUCCAUCCGAGACUGGCCCAAGUUCUUCAACCAGAGCUUUGAGUUCCUCAACCCAGGCGGCAAGAUCGAAAUCAUGGAUAUCAUCUACCCCCCUCGAUCUGAUGACGGUACACUCUCUGAGGACUCACCACUCUACAAGUGGGCGACGUUGCUUCUACGCACCUUUGCCGCCAUGGGCUCCCCACUUGAUAGCGCGUUGAAGUAUAAGGAGCAACUUGAAGCGGCUGGCUUUGUUGAUGUUCACGUGGUGCAGCGCAAGUGGCCGAUGAAUCGUUGGCCCAAGGCCCAGAUAUACAAGCAAAUCGGAACAUGGGCUAAUCAGAACACCAUGGAUGCAUUGGCGGCGAUAAGCUUAGCUGUAUUUACACGUCCCGAGGGGCAAGGAGGCCUCGGGUGGACAAGUGAAGAGUUGGAGGUAUUUCUCAUCGAGGUCCGGAAGGAUAUCAAAGAUCACACUAUCCACUCAUACUGGCCCAUUUGGUCAGUAUACGCUACGAAACCUGAGUGA